AUGAAGGCAAACUCCAAUAGGAGAACGAAUAAAGAAAACGAGGUCACCUCGCGAUGUCCAGACCGGGACGUCGACGUUCAAUCUACCGAUGAGACAUUUCUCUUCUGGAGACAUUAUGCAGCUGUUUUCGUAGUUGCGGCCGCCGUGUACGCAAAUACGUACGAUUGCGGCUUCGUUUUCGAUGACAUAUCUGCGAUUGUCUCCAAUAAGGACGUGCACGGCGAAACUUCCCUCAGUGAUGUUUUCUACAACGAUUACUGGGGUACACCGAUGUCGAGGGAACAGAGUCACAAGUCUUAUCGACCUCUGACAGUUCUCACUUUCCGCCUUGAUCAUGCUCUGCAUGGUCUUCACCCGAAGGGCUAUCAUGUUGUCAACCAUGCUCUCCAUGUGGCUGUCUCCCUCUCGGUUCUCAGGUACGAAUUCUGCUCUCAAUGGCUCACGUCUCGGAAGCAGGCUCUCGUGUGCGCACUACUUUUCGCCGUACAUCCGGUCCAUACAGAAGCGGUGACCGGUGUGGUCGGACGGGCCGAGACGAUGAGCGCGCUGUUCCUGCUGUGGGCAUUGAUGGCCGCUCGAGGCAAAUCGCCGCGCCAAACAGCGACCAGCGUCACAUUCUGUCUCCUCGCCACUCUCUCAAAGGAACAAGGAUUCAUGGCAUUCCCCCUCUGUCUCCUGGUGAAAUUCCUAACGCGCGUCUCCUUGAGAAGCCUCUUCGACGCUGAAAAGAAACUUAUGUCAUAUCUGAAAACGGAAUACGAUAAGGAUCUUGCGUAUGUGGCGUCCGCUGUUUUGUUGCUGCACCUUCGGUACAGAUUGAUGAAGGGAGAACUACCUGUUUUCGCCAGGUUCGACAACCCGGCAGCGUUAUCGCCCCCACCGGUUAGGCAGCUAACCUUCGCGUAUUUGCCUUUAUUCAACUUCGAAAUUCUCCUCUUCCCGUACCGUCUAUGCUGCGACUGGACCAUGGGCUCGAUCCCUCUUUUGACCUCGACGGAUGUACGCAACUUGUACACGUUCCUCUUCUACGGCCUGAUGGUCUCUAGUGUUGCACGGAAGGAAUCGCACUGCGAGACUUUUCACGCGCGACUGAUAUCGAUGGCGAUGUUGGUCAUCCCAUUUAUUCCAGCAUCCAACCUGUUCUUCCCGGUGGGAUUCGUCGUGGCCGAGCGCGUACUGUACGUGCCGAGCAUCGGCUUCUGCAUGCUGGUGGCGAACGGCUUCGAGAAGAUUCACGACAAAAACAAACUCCUAUGCCGAUUCUUAGCGAUGUCGUCGUUCAUGAGCUUCUGUGCCAAGACUGCCCAACGCAACAGAGACUGGAAAAGCGAGAUCACAUUGUAUGAAUCGGGGCUCCGUAUGAACCCGCUCAAUGCGAAGCUUUUCAAUAAUGUCGGCUUCGCUUACCAACAACAGGAUGAGCACGAGCGCGCACUGAAAUUCUUCACCGAAGCGAGCAGGUUGCAGCCGGAUGAUAUAGGCUCGUUCAUCAACCUGGGGAGAGCUUUCUCCAAAUUGAAUCGAUUGACUGAGGCAGAGGCAGCAUACAGUCGUGCCCAUGCAUUAUUGCCCCGGAGAACCAGCGAAUCAUCGGAAGUGGAACUUCGCCUCGCUCCAGCUCAUCUCAAUCUGUUUGUUAAUCUUGCGAAUCUCAUAACUCGCAACAACAGUCGUCUCAGUGAGGCGGACUCGCUCUACAAAGAGGCGAUAGCGAUGAAAAACGACUAUGUGGAUGCAUAUACGAAUCGCGGCGAGAUUCUCCUUAAAAUGGGACGUCUAUCCGAGGCUGUCGAAAUGUAUAAAAAAGCCGUACGAUUGAAACCCUUGGAUGCCGAUGCGCAUUUCAACCUGGGCGUCGUUCUCAUGAAGCUUGGAAACCACAGCGACAACGCCGUCCAGGAGUUCCUGACUGUUCUUUCAUUGGACAAGAUGCAUCAGAACGCACUUGUCAGCCUCAGUAUGUGCCUGCAACACGUGAGCGAGGCGAGAAUGCGCCGCCGACUGGGUGACAGAGUUCAAGAGCUUGGUCUGUUACACGAAAGGAUCGCGGAACACGUCUGGUUCAAUCUCGCGAUGGUUGCUGUUCAAGAAACCGAUCGCGUCCGAGCGGAAAGAUUUUUCCGAAAAGCCCUGACUGUGAACCCCGAUUUCCGGAGCGCUCUCUUCAACCUCGGAGUACUUCUAUACGAGGACCAGCGGUACAAUCAAUCAGUUCAUUUCCUGGAAAAGCUUGUUGCCUUACAUCCCGGAUACGUCAGAGGCACGAUGCUCCUGGCAGACAUUUAUAUGAUCCAUCUCGGACGGAAAUCAGAGGCGUACAAGUGCUAUCAAGAAGUCGUACGAUGGCAGGCUGAUAAUUUCGAAGCUCGUUACAAUAUUUGCAUUCUGGAGUCUUCCCCCGAUGAAGCGACAGCUGACUGUUCAAAGUACUUGAGAGCACGGAAUGUGACUCAGGUUGCCAAGAGAGCACUAAGAGAUGUUUAG